UGCGCGAGGCAGUGCCAAGGAAGGACCACAAGGAGUCAUAGCACUGCCACGGCUCUGCCCAGAGACUAUCUUCUCAGUCCCCAGUGCCCCAGAAAAAGAAGAGGCUUGAGAGGUGUCGCUCUCCCCACUCCAAGCCAAAAGAGCCUGUGGCAAGGAGAUCCAAUUCAGGCCAUGUCACCUCGGCCCCUCCGCUUCCCAGGGUCUCGUCAACUCGUGCCCGACCCUGGGGCCCAAACUUACCCUUGCUAAUGGGCGUGUGGGUCUCCAACAAAAGGGGAACUAAAUAUGGAACUAUGAUACUUAUGAACGACACACACUUCCUUUUUAAAGUAGUGAUACUUUUGGUUAUAUAUGACCAAGAGCUACAGAGAUGCUCUCCAUCCAUGCAGCUGCUCUUCUAACCAUGCUGAUUAAACACUACCCCCUGUACUUACUGAUAAAUUUGCUUUGGACUGGUGUAACUGUUUCAGGAAAUCAAGAAUUGCAGGAAUUAAUUAAACCACAAAAGGUCGAAUUUCACUCAUUAAACUUCAACAAUACCUUGCAUUGGCAGCCUGGGAGGGCUGCCACAGGUGACAUCAUCUAUUUUGUGCAGUACAAAGUGUAUGGGCAAAGCCAAUGGAAAAAUAAAGAAGAAUGUUGGGGUAUUCGUGAAGUUUUUUGUGACCUAACACAUCAGACAUCUGAUAUCAGAGAACCUUAUUAUGGCAGAGUGAAAUCUCUUUCAGCUGGAGUCCAUUCAGAUUGGAACACCAGCAGCAGAUUUACUCCGUGGAGGGAAACAAAGAUAGGACCUCCAUCAGUAAAUGUGACUCCUGGAAACAAAUCUAUAAAAUUAAAGCUCCAGGCUCCAAAUUCACCUUAUACAAGGAGAAGAGGCAGCAAGAUACCAAUGACAAACUAUUAUGAUCUAUUAUAUCGAGUGUUUCUAAUCAACAACAUGCUAAAUGAAAAAACCAAAAUACUGGCGUAUGAAGGAACAGACAAAGUUGUUAAAAUAGAAGAUUUGAAACCUGAAGUCAGCUACUGCGUAGUGGUUGCAACCUACUUGCCAGUGCUGGACCGCAGCAGUGUGUACAGCAGUAAGAAAUGCACGGUACCCCUAUGACAUGGUAAGUAAACAAAAGAGAAGCUGCAUGGGAUCCCAGAAGCUAGAGAUGGUAAAGACCUACCAGACUACCUAGUCCAUGCCCUCGCCAACACAAGAUAGAACAAAAUGUCAUGAAACUGCUACUGUAUUUGAAACUCAGGCAAUAUACACAAAGCUUUCACACACUUCUCUCAAAUCUGUGUUGAUGUCACAAUUGUACAGGAAGCCAAAGCAGAAGAAAUAUGGUAGGUACAGUACGUUCAAUUAUUUGCUUGUUGACAUUAGUGCUUAGAUCACCACAGUAUCUGCUUUAGGAAAAACCCUCAUAUAAAUAGAUCAGGAAUGCCCCUUAUUUCCCUGUGUUUAAAUAUAGCUACACAGUAUUAUUUCCAUCAGCUUUGAUGGCCUGGAAGUAACAAAUACCCUAUGUUACUGGUCAGAGUUAUGUCUACACUUGCAGAGUUUUUGUGCUGUGAUAGGGAACCGGUGAAAGUAAAGCGCUGGUUUGUGUACUCACUGAAUUCCUCAGGCAUCAAACAGUGUUUACAUUAGCAGCACUUCCAUCGCGGAUGAGAGCAGCGCUCUAGGGCAGCUCUCCCACAGUGCAGCUCUCUCGAUAGGUCUUGUGGGAAGAGGGGGUGAGCAAAAUGCAUUCUGGGUCCCUACUCAGUGGCCCGUGAUGCAUUGCUUCUUGUCCCAGCAUCCCCAUUACUUCCUUGUUUCUUUCGUGGCAUUUUUUAACCCCCCCUGCUGUCUGGCUUCUUUCCCUGCCACAUCUACAAGCAGGAAUGGAUCCUGCACUGCUGUCCACUACUUUGAUAGCUGUCACUUGCACAUCCCGCGUGGCAGUGCAGCUGUUUUUAAACUUGCAAAGAGAGCUGCAGUCAGAGAUGCCUGAUGAGCUGCCUGAAAUGGAAAUAAGUAACAUUUGAUUGCUUUUGGCAUUAACCGAGGAGCUGAGCACUGUGAAACGGCAUUUUUGGACUAGGGAAACUAGCUCAGAGUGGUGGGAUCGUAUCGUUAUGCAUGUCUGGGAUGAUGUCCAGUGGCUUCAAAACUUUCGGAUGUGGAGAGCCAUCUUCAUGGAACUGUGUGCAGCGCUUUCCCCAGCCCUGCGCCACAAGGACACCAGACUGAGAGUUGCACUCACUGUAGAGAAGCUUGUGGUAAUCGCAUUGUGGAAGCUGGCGACUCCAGACAGCUACCAGUCGGUUGCGAACCAGUUUGGAGUGGGGAGAUCGACCGUUGGUGCCGUGGUAACUCAAGUGUGCAAGGCCAUUAAUCGUAUCCUACUGUGCAAGACCGUGACUCUUGGUAAUGUGUGUGACAUUUUGGAUGGCUUUGCAGAAAUGGGCUUCCCUAACUGUGGUGGGGCUAUAGAUGGAACGCAGAUCCCUACUGUUGCCCCGGCCCACCUUGGCACUGAGUAUAUAAAUCGUAAGGGGAUCUUCUCCAUGGUUUUGCAGGCGCUAGUGGAUCACCGUGGGUGUUUCACUGAUAUUAAUGCUGGAUGGUCCGGAAAGGUGCAUGACGCACGUAUCUUUAGAAACACUGGCCUGUACUGAAAGCUGCAAGUGGGGACUUUCUUUCCAGACCAGCGGCUCACCGUCGGGGAAGUAGAAAUGCCCAUUGUGAUCCUGGGAGACCCAGCUUACCCACUGAUGCUAUGGCUCAUAAAGCCAUACACUGAAAACCCAGAUGAUAGUAAGGAACGUUUCAGCAACGGGCUGAGUAGUGCAGAAUGGCUGUCGAAUGCGCAUUUGGCCGUUUGAAAGCUCGCUGGAGAUGUAUGAACAGUAGACUGGAAAUGAGUGGGGAAAAUAUUCCCAUGGUUAUUGCGGCGUGCUGUACUUUACAUAACAUUUGUGAGGGGAAGGGCAAAAGAUUUACUCAUACGUGGAGCCUGGAGGCCGAACGCCUGGCUGCUGAGUUUCAGCAGCCAGAUACCAGGGCUAUUAGAGGGGCACAAUGUGGGGCAGUUAGGAUCCAGGAUGCCUUGAGGGAAAAGUUUGCAAACGAAAAUCAUUAAACUUUGCUAUUGUGCUUGGGAAAGGAAGUGUUAACAGCAUGUGCUGUGCUACGUGGUGGUUCUGUGUGUAAUUUCAGUGAAGAUGAAGUGCUAGUUGACUUGUAGCUGUGAUGACAUGUACAGAAAUGUGAACGCACAAAUAAAGC